AUGUACUCCCUCUUUAUUAGUACUCCUUUGCUGGCUCUCGCCUUCCUCCCAUUUUGCUCUGCCCAAGAGCAAUGUCCCGAGAUUCCAGAGAAUGAUGUCGAGAUGGGACAGCCUGUGCCAGUCGUACCGAGCGAUAUUCCCAAAGGAUGUUCCGAUUUUGAAAUUCUGGUUGAUACGCCAGCUCGAGGAACCAGCGAGCCCAGUUUCCCUAAAUUCGGCGUCAUCGUUGGCGACCCUGUUGUGAGCAAUGUCUCAGCACAAUUGCCUGGAGUGCACGGCUAUCCUGUCCAGUAUCCGGCUAGUUCUCAGAUCAUCUCUGGCGGAAGACAAGGUACGCAGGACAUUGUUCAGCGGUUGACUUCCCAGUCUUCUGCCUGUCCCAACCAGACUUUCUCUCUAGUCGGGUACUCGCAAGGCGCAAGUAUCAUGCACCGAGCCGCAGCUCAACUCCCUACAUCUUUGUUUCCCAAGAUCAAAUCGGUUGUGAUGUUCGGCGACCCUAAUCUCAGGCUGGGUGAAGUGGGAGACGAGUUCCCAGAGGGGCUGCAAGCAAAGGUGUUACAGGUUUGUGCGAAGGGCGAUCCUGUUUGCGACUCUGGAUCCUGCCAGUACUACCAUUUGACUUAUGUUCUUCCUCAAUACAUGGAGGGUGCUGUGAUGUUCAUUGUCAGGGCUUUCAAAGGAGAACGCCUCUAG